GUUAAGAAACCAGGGUUAUUUAAUUAAGAAUCCGUGUAUCUAUAUUCGGUUUUAAAUCUCCAUGGUACUUACCUAGAUAAACUAAAUAAUUGAGAAUUUAUGUUUUCCAGAAAAAUGCCUACCGUGAAAUUCACAUAUUUCCCUGCAAAGGCGUUGGGAGAGAGCUGCCGGUUGCUUUUAGCCUACGGUGGUCAAGAGUUUGAAGAUUACCGAAUCAACCCGGACAACUGGCCUAAUAUUAAACCUACGACUCCAUUUGGACAACUGCCUGUACUUGAAAUUGAUGGUAAAAAGUACGCACAGAGCCUGGCUAUAUCACGGUAUCUGGGCCGUAAGUACGGGCUGAAUGGUGCCGACAUAGAAGAAGAUUUUCUCAUCGACCAGAGCGUAGAUUUCAUCAACGAUAUCAGAGCCAAGGCUGCCACAGUUCAAUAUGAAAGCGAUGAAGCUCUCAAGGAGAAAAAGCACGAGGACUUCUCGAAAAACGUGUACCCACCUAUGCUAAAAAAAUUAGAUGAGAUAGUAAAACAGAAUAAUGGUCACGUCGCUGCUGAAAAGCUAACAUGGGGUGACUUCGUAUUUGCGGGCAUGUUAGAUUAUCUGAAAGUAAUGAUGCGCCGGCCGCAAUUGGAGGAGGAGUUCCCCAGCUUCAAGCAACUGCUCGACAAUGUCUAUGCACUUCCACAACUUCAGAAAUAUCUAGCGCAGGCACCCGACACCGAACUCUGAAAUAUUCACCUAUUUCUUGAUUCGGUCAUCGAACUAAUUUACUUAUCUUACUUUUUAUGUCAACAUAGUCUAGCCUACGUAUUUGCUGUAUGAGAAUUAUUAAAUAAUUAUAUAUCUAAAAUAUUAUAAUCUUAUUAAUAAAAUAAUUAUUCGUUUAUGAUUCAUUCGGUGUAUAUAAUGAGAGGAAUAAAA